AGGGCGCUAAAAUAGCGCGCGACAUGGCGGCCGUGUGGAGGUGGGUCAAGAUCGCCUCGAUACUUUUGUCGACGGUCUGUCUGGCGGUGUUGUUGAUGCUCCUCCGAUCCGACGAUAAUAAAUAUACAGAAAUUGAAUUUCAUUAUUACGGUAAUGUGGAAAAUUCGGAAAUUGCUAAUUCUAAAAUAAAUGAAGUAUCUUAUACAAUUAUUAAGAGAUCUGCGGAUAAUGCCUAUCCUAAAAAAGCGACAACUGUUGACGAAAAGAAACAUCCCAAGAAAAGCAUAAUACAUUUGACUAAUAGCAAUGGUAAGCCAGAUGUUUCCUCAAAAGCUUGGACCAUUCCCGACGACGGCGAACCCAUCCUCGGACCCACGUUUCCUCCCAACACUUCGACAACCCCUGAAGAACAUUAUCACAUAUACUACAAUUCAACAUUUUAUAAGUCUGCGGAACAGGCCUUACCUUUCCUGGUCGAUUUUCAGAAAUUACCGGAACAAAAUAUUACUGUAAACAAGUUACUCUCCGACUCAUAUAGGAAAGCAUCGACUGUUCAAUUAUCAUUUGAUUUUCCUUUUUACGGACAUCUUUUAAGAAAUAUCACCAUUGCAACUGGAGGUUUUCUAUACAUGGAGGAGUAUGUACAUAGUUGGCUGGCAGCUACGCAAUAUGUUGCACCACUAAUGGCAAAUUUUGAUACGAGUUUAAAAAAUGAAUCUGUGGUCAGAUAUUUUGAUAAUGGUACUGCAUUUACUGUUCAAUGGCAUAAAGUACUACUACAAGACAGAGGAAAUGAUGGUCCAUUCACAUUCCAAGUCACUUUGAUGAAGAAUGGGAAAAUAAUAUUUGUUUAUGAAGAAAUUCCUCUAUCGGUAGUAGACAUCGCCAAUCACUCUCAUCCCGUUAAAGUCGGAAUAUCCGAUGCAUACACUAUAGAUCGUACCAUUUAUUACAUUCGAAGAAAGACAAUUUACGAAUACAAUCGAAUUGAAAUGAAAAGGGAUGAAAUAGGAAAUUUCACUGCCAUCGUGUUUACUGCGCUGCCAACCUGUCUGAGCUUUAAUGAUUGUCAAUCCUGUAUUUCAUCCGACAUUGGCUUCGACUGUAUCUGGUGCGACCGGGUCAAGAGGUGCUCGGACGGAUUGGACCGUUACAGGCAAGAGUGGCUCAAACAAGACUGCGAUCGCAAAAAAGAAAAAAUCAAAUGUUCUAAUGGAUCUAAUAGUACGGAAACAUUUCCACAUAUCGGUAUGAAUUUUAUUUAUUUAAUAUUUAUAAAUGACAAAUAUUUUUGAUUAUAUCUAUACCACAUUACACUAUACCACUAAUAUACUUGCACAAAACAUUUGAAGAGAAGCAGAUUACUUACAGAAAAAUAAAAUGGCACAAUUGAAAGAGAUAUUUGAAUAUGUUAUCAGAAAAAUCUGAAAUCCCAAAACAAAAAAUGAACCUUAGCACUUUAAUGUACACAAAACAUUUUAACUCGCAGUUCUUAAAGAACAAAAUUAUAUCUAGACAAUCAAUUUUAAAUGCCUUUUAUCUAAUUUUGAAAAGUUGUUAUAAGCAAUUUGUCUCAUAUUCUUUUUGUUGAUUAUUUUUUAAUUUACAUAUAAAAACAUUUUAAUAAAAAGACUCAAGAAACUUGCAGCAGAGUUUUAUAACCAAUAUUGCAUUUCUUUCCUUAUUUACAACAAAAGAUAGAGUUUCUGUUAAAUUUAAUAAUUGCUAACUUUAACAAAAUACACUUAGUCUUAACCUGAUUAGGAGAAAAAAGAUCAAACAGAAGAAAAACAAUUAAAAUUGCAAUAACUAGCUAUGUAGUAAUUUCACAACUAACCAGCAUGGCUAAAACAUGCCGUAUCUACUUUAAAUUUAAUCUCUUAAACAUGUUAUGUAAAUUAACAUGAUAUCAAAGUUUUUCAAAUACAGUAGACUCCUGUAAAUUUGACUUAAUGUGGACUCCGAAGAUAAUGAGUUACCAAAAUGAUGAGUUUUACAGACUCGCAUGUUGCCGACCAUAGCGGAAUUCCAUUAAAUUACCAAGUUUGUUCAACACCGAUGUCAUAGCAGUAAUGUUAGUCUAAAUAGUGGAAUUUUUGCAAAAGGUAUAUGAGCAAAUUCACGUACUGUACAUAUUAACUGCGUGUCAUUAAUGACUUUCUAUUUGCAAUUAAAUUUUAAUUUUAAAAAAAUAUUGGCUAUUCAGUGACUACCUUCAAGCCAGUGACAUUUGUGUUGUUGUGUUUUGCAGUGGCACCUUAGAAAAAGAGUUAAAUUCUCUGUUAACUUGAGGAAUUGAUGUUGAUGAAAAAUGAUACCCUAUUUAAUUCUACAGUUAAGUUAUAGAUGUAAAAAUAGAUGACGUAUUUUUCUUUUUGAAAGAAACAAAAUGUCAGUUAUUGAGAAUCAAAUUCUCAGGACUCUGCUGUAUUACUUUGCAUUCACAAAUCAUUUUUAUUCCCUUAUUUAUUUUAAAUAUUUUGGUGGAAUUUAAUUAGAAUACUC